UGAAAGUGUUUUCUAUUCAAGUACAAUUUUUCUAAGUAAGCAGGACAACUUUUGUUUCUUCCUGUGCAUACAUACAAAUGUAUGCAAAACGUUUACAUGACAACUGGGCAGGUGUUGUUACAUUCAUAUUUUAUCCACGACAUUAUUCAGACAAAAUUGUGUGAAUACAAGUCCAAGAGAUAUUUCGCAUCUGAAAUUUACUUCAAAAUUUUAAAUUUUACGAAAUUUAUCAGUGUUAACAAGCUAAAUCUAAAGUUAUCAAGUUUUUUCACACUUUUUAAGAUGAGUCGAUCAACCGAUGACCGUAACGAAGAUAACAUGAUAUUGAAGGCGCGCCUCGCCGCGGCCAAGGCGACCGAUCCUGUCGAAAAAUUUAGGCUACUUUGUCUCGCUCGAGGGACAAGUGGGAUUUCAGGGAUUGGAAAAAUCUUUCGACGCAUGGAUGACGAUAAGAAUCGGUCCCUUAACUUUGAAGAGUUCGAGGAAGGCAUGAACGACACCGGAAUGGGCAUGACAAAACCGGAAAAGCGGGCACUUUUCGAUGCAUUUGACAAAGAUAAGAGUGGAUCCGUGUCGAUUGACGAGUUUCUAUUGAAAUUACGGCCCGCACUAAACAACGGACGGAAGAAGCUGAUCGACGCCGCUUUUAAGAAACUGGACAAAACGGGGGACGGCGUGGUCACGGUGGACGAUCUGAAAAACGUCUACAGCGUCCGAAGCAAUCCAAAGUUUCAAAGCGGGGAACAAACCGAGGGUGAAAUUUUGACCAAGUUUUUGAAAACUUUUGAAGAAAAUGGGACCCGUGAUGGAAAGGUCACAUUUGACGAAUUUAUGGACUAUUAUGCCGGUGUGAGCUCAUCAAUCGAUCACGAUGCUCAUUUCGAUCUGAUGAUGAGAAAUGCAUGGAAGUUGUAGUUUUCUGGACAAUUUGCACCUCAUUUUAUCAAGAUUUUUAUUUUUGGGAAGUUUAACACGUCGAUAUAUCUACAUGUUUACCUUGUGUUGCUGCAAGUUUAAUCUGGGUCGAGAGUAUUUGCUACAUCAUACAUACAUAUGCAAGAAUUGUGUAUGCACAAUUUGGGGUUACACACUUCAACAUCUUAUGCAUGAAUUACGCAUUAAAAUUGAUUUACUAAAAAGUUUGGGAGAUUGUUAAGAAAAAUAAAAUAUCCCCGCUCACUGAGCCAAUUUAGAAAAUUCGUAUGGUUUAUAACAAAAACAAACUUAUCAGUUUAUUACGAUGUUUUUAAUUAGCACGAUUGCGAUCGCGAUUACAAAAAUUUUACACACUCUGAAGUCACAUACAAAACUUUAUUUCACAAUUUAACCAAUAUUUGUAUAUACAUAAAAAUUACGACAUUUAAGGUACCAGAAGAAGUCCCCUAGAAACGGGUUGGGUUUGUCCGCCCGAUUUCGACAGUUUAUGUAAUUUUGAAAAUUUUACUCUUGAAGCAACGUUGGAGUAAAAUAAUUAGAUAUUUUUUUAAAGGCAACACUAACUUGAUCAGGUCAAUGGUAGUCUGAAAAUUUUGCUGCAACCGAACUACGAUUUAGUUUCGUUCAAAAAUUAGCCACUCAUGAACCGAUUAUCCUAAAAUCAUGGUUUUGUGCUUAAAUUGUGCCCAGAUAAAUUACGCAGACAUCGGUGGCAAUCUGGUUUAUGUAAAAAUAUCGUAAAUCAAAUGUUCAGUUUCAAUUUAUUGGUUUGUUUAUUUCAUCUUAAUUACAUAUGUUUAGAAACUUAUUUCUUCAGUACUUACAAAACUUGAUAUGUUACAUAGUUUCUUAGCAAAAUAAAUUCAACAAUUUCAACUGCAUGUGAA